UGUAUUUCCGGAAGAGCUGAAUGGUCAAGGGAGUUACCAAUUAAGUUAUAAAAAUGUCUAGAAGCUACGACUAUUUGUUUAAAUUAUUAUUGAUAGGAGACUCCGGAGUUGGGAAGACAUGUGUCCUUUUCAGAUUUUCAGAAGACGCCUUCAAUGCGACAUUUAUCUCAACUAUAGGAAUCGAUUUUAAGAUACGAACAAUCGAAAUUGAUGCUAAAAAAAUUAAAUUGCAAAUAUGGGAUACUGCUGGCCAAGAAAGAUUUAGGACUAUUACAACCGCUUACUACAGAGGAGCAAUGGGAAUCAUGUUGGUUUACGACAUCACAAAUGAAAGAUCGUUUCAAAAUAUAAACAACUGGAUAAAAAAUAUUGCCGAACAUGCAUCGGCUGAUGUAGAAAAGAUGAUUCUUGGCAAUAAAUGCGAUAUGGAAGAUAAACGAAAGGUUUCAAAGGAACGCGGUGAGAAUUUGGCCGUUGAAAAUGGAAUAAAAUUUAUGGAAACAUCGGCUAAACAAAGCCAUAAUGUAGAAGAAGCUUUUUUCACGUUAGCAAGAGAUAUAAAGGCAAAAAUGGAUAAAAAAUUACAACAAGAAAAGACUCCGGACGUUGUACAACCAGGAAAAGAUCACAAACAUAAGAAGAGCAAGUGGUUUUGUAAUAUAUUGUAA